UCAGCUGACACCGCAUCGCCACACGCUAAUUCAAGAUUUUCUAGCGGCAUUUUAUUGUUUACAUCCGACAUUUCAUUGAAAUUUCCACGUUUUCCAUUGAAUUUCCCGGAAAAAAUGGCAUUUUCCUUUGGAGCAACUAGCACCCCAGCGAAACCAGCUACAGGUUUUGGUCAGAACACAACUUUUGGUUUCGGUAACACGAGUACUUUUGGAGCUGCACCAGCUGCUGCUACAACGACCGUUCCAUCACUUUUUGGAGCAACCAAUACAAACACAUUCGGAACAUCCACUUUUGGACAAGCGACAGCAACCACAUCUGCUCCCAGUUUAUUCGGAACACAACAACCAGCUACAAAUACGGGACUUUCGCUCUUUGGUCAGACAAAUACUGCCUUUGGACAACCGCAGCAGCAGCAACAACAACCAACUCUCACGGGAUUCGGUCAAAAACCAGCUGGCACAGCAUGGCCCGCCUUCGGAAGUACCACAACGACAUCGCAGCCGAGCACGGGUUUUGGCACGGGAACUAGUUUUGGGGGUUUCGGCACGACUUUUGGUCAAAAUACCACGCAACAACAACAAAUGCAGCAGCAGCAGCAAUUAAAUGUCCCUCAAAUGUCGGCAGACGAGCAAUUUUUGAACGCUGUCUUCAACGUUUCCAUUUUCGGCGAUGAACGCGACGCCACAGUCGCCAAAUGGAAUCACUUGCAGGCGAUGUGGGGUGUCGGAAAGGCAUUUUACUCGAAUCAGCCGCCCGUGGAAAUUGAUCAGCAGAAUUUGUUGUCGCGUUUCAAGACAAUGGGCUACAGUAAGCUUAGCGGGAAAGACAACAAAGCCGGAUUGAUUGCGAUUAAUUUCAACAAACCCGUGGCACAAGUCAAGGACACGCAACAACAAGUUGUCAACACUUUAACGCAGAUUUUUGGUAACAAACCAAAUUUGAGUGUUCAUGUUGAGAGCACAAAACCCCUCUCCGACACCAAAAGUCAGCUAAUUUUUUACGUGCAAGAAAAAUCGGCCACAAAUGAAACGCGAAAAAUUCCAUCGCAAGAAGUUUAUGCCUUCAUCAACGGUCAAACGAUGUCGAAACAACAACUCACAAAUCUCGGUGUCGAAAAUAUCUUUCCCUUUGUGUUGCCGGACGAAGACCAGUUGAAGGAAUAUCUCGAAAAUCCUCCAAAAGGCAUCGAUCGUCGCAUGUGGAACCAAGCCCGCGAAGACAACCCGGACCCGAAAAAGUUCAUUCCUGUCCCGAUGAUCGGUUUCAACGAUCUCAAGUGGCGCAUCAAGUGUCAGGAGAACGAAACAGACGCUCAUGCUUUGUAUCUGCAAAAAGUAGAAAAAGAUUUGAAUGCCCUCAAGCAACGUCAUGCCAACACUUCGGCCAAAAUCAUGGAACAUCGCAGAAAAUUAUCGGAACUCAGUCAUCGCGUACUGAAAAUUAUCGUCAAACAGGAAAGUACGCGAAAAAUGGGCAUCGGAUUGUCGGCUGAAGAGGAAGCUAUUCGCACGAAACUCGAUAACAUGCAUAUAAUUGUCUCGGCUCCGACGCAGUUUAAGGGACGUUUGAGCGAAUUGUUGUCUCAGACACGCAUGCAACGGAAUCAAUGGAGAAUGGUGGGCAGCGGAAACGAAUAUACGCUGGACAAAGAUGCGCAAGAGGAGAUGAAGAGUUUCCUGACGAUGCAGCAAAAGGCGAUGGCGCACGUUAUCGACAUUGCCAAUAAAGAUUUGGCAGACUUGAAAAUCAUUCAAGAGGGAAUCACGCGUCUUGUUCAAUCAUAAAGUUGUUUAAUUUUUUUCUUUAACGUAAUAAAAGUUCUCUUUUCUUAAAAA